UUUAUUGGCCGGGGCGUUCUGACGUCACCAAGUCGACCUUUGAAGUAGCCAAUCGGUAGUAAGAAGGUCUUGGCACACCUUCGCCACCCCUCCCGGAAGGGGCGGGGCUAUAUGUCAAAAGCAGCCAAUGGGUGCCCCAGGAGAUGAGCGUCCACGGGAACAGCGGCGCGAACUCUCCCGCAGUUCCUGAGGCUGGAGGAGUGCUAAGUCCAUGGAGCAAACCGAGGUUGCGAGAACUUGCUAAGGCCAUCAGGCCUAUUGAUGGGAAGUCAGUCCAUCAAAUUUGUUCUGGGCAGGUGGUACUCAGUUUAAGCACUGCUGUGAAGGAGCUGAUAGAAAAUAGUGUGGACGCUGGUGCUACCAGUAUUGAUAUAAGGCUUAAAGACUAUGGGGUGGACCUCAUUGAAGUUUCAGACAAUGGAUGUGGGGUAGAAGAAGAAAACUUUGAAGGUCUGGCUCUGAAACAUCACACUUCUAAGAUACAAGAGUUUGCCGACCUGACUCAGGUUGAAACUUUUGGUUUUCGGGGGGAGGCUCUGAGCUCACUGUGUGCACUGAGUGAUGUCACUAUAUCUACCUGCCACGUGUCUGCAAGCAUUGGGACUCGACUGGUGUUAGACCACAAUGGGAAAAUCACCCAGAAAACUCCCUACCCCCGACCCAAAGGAACAACAGUCAGCGUGCAGCACUUGUUUUAUACACUACCUGUGCGUCACAAAGAAUUUCAAAGGAAUAUUAAAAAGGAGUAUGCCAAAAUGGUCCAGGUCUUACAGGCAUACUGUGUCAUUUCAACAGGCAUCCGUGUAAGUUGCACUAAUCAGCUUGGACAAGGAAAACGACAACCUGUGGUGUGCACAAGCGGAAGCUCCAGCAUGAAGGAAAAUAUCGGCUCUGUGUUUGGCCAGAAGCAGUUGCAAAGCCUCAUUCCUUUUGUUCAGCUGCCCCCUAGUGAUUCUGUUUGUGAAGAGUAUGGCCUGAGCGGUUCUAAGACUCCACAUAAUCUUUUCCACAUUUCAGGCUUCAUUUCACACUGUACGCAUGGUACUGGAAGGAGCUCCACAGACAGACAGUUUUUCUUCAUCAAUCAGCGUCCUUGUGACCCAGCAAAGGUCUCUAAACUUGUAAAUGAGGUUUAUCACAUGUAUAAUCGACAUCAAUAUCCAUAUGUUGUUCUUAACAUUUCCGUUGAUUCAGAAUGUGUUGAUAUUAAUGUGACUCCAGAUAAAAGGCAAAUUUUACUACAGGAGGAGAAGCUUUUGCUGGCAGUUUUAAAGACCUCCUUGAUAGGCAUGUUCGACAGCGAUGCAAACAAGCUUAAUGUCAACCAGCAGCCACUGCUGGAUAUUGAAGGUAACUUCGUAAAGAUGCACACAGAAGAAAUAGAAAAGCCUGUGUCAGGAAAGCAAGAUAAUUCUCCUUCAUUGAAGAUCACAGCAGAUGAGAAAAGGGUAGCAUCCAUUUCCAGGCUGAGAGAGGCCUUUUCUCUUCAUCCUACCACAGAGACCAAGUCUUGGGGCCCAGUGACCCCUGAACUGAGACAGAAUUAUCCACUUCAGAAAAGGGGUGUACCAUCUUCUUGUCCUUCGAAUCUCAUCUCUUAUAGAGGUCUUUGUGGCUCCCAGGACAAAGUGGUGAGUCCCAAGAAGAGCCCUGGUGACUGUAUGGACAGAGUGAAAAUAGAAAAAGACUCAGGGUUCAGCAGCACCUCAGCCAGCUCUGAGGAAGGGUUCAGCACCCCAGAAGUGGCCAGUAGCUUUAGCAGUGACUUUACAGUGAGCUCUCCAGAAGACAGAUCUUCACAGGAAACCAUGGACUGUGGUGAGCAGUUACUUGGAAUGGACUGCCAUCUUUCAGGUACAGGACACCAUUUGAAGCAAGAAGAUAGCAAAUAUAAAUGUACAGCUUUGCCUCCACCAACUCCUCACUCUUCGUCAAACGCUAAGCGUGUCAAGACGGAAGAAAGCCCUUCAAAUACUGACAUUCCUCCAAGGUUGCUUGAUACUCAGAACACCUCAGCAGCUCAGGUUGAUGUAGCUGUGAAAAUUAAUAAGAAAAUAGUGCUCCUGGACUUUUCUAUGAGUUCUUUAGCUAAACGGGUGAAGCAGUUACAGCACCAGAAGCAGCAGAAUGAAAGUGAGCAGAGUUACAGGAAAUUUAGGGCCAAGAUUUGCCCUGGAGAAAAUCAAGCGGCAGAAGAUGAACUCAGAAAAGAGAUUAGUAAAUCAAUGUUUGCAGAGAUGGAGAUCUUGGGUCAAUUUAACCUGGGAUUUAUAAUAACCAAACUGAAGGAGGACCUCUUCCUGGUGGACCAGCAUGCUGCGGACGAGAAGUACAACUUUGAGAUGCUGCAGCAGCACACUGUGCUCCAGGUGCAGAGGCUUAUCACGCCCCAGACUCUGAACUUAACCGCUGUCAAUGAAGCUGUGCUGAUAGAAAAUCUGGAAAUAUUCAGAAAGAAUGGCUUUGAUUUUGUCAUUGAUGAGGAUGCUCCAGUCACUGAAAGGGCUAAAUUGAUUUCCUUGCCAACUAGUAAAAACUGGACCUUUGGACCCCAAGAUAUAGAUGAACUGAUCUUUAUGCUAAGUGACAGCCCUGGGGUCAUGUGCCGGCCCUCAAGAGUCAGGCAGAUGUUUGCUUCUCGAGCCUGUCGGAAGUCUGUGAUGAUUGGAACUGCUCUCAAUACAAAGGAGAUGAAGAAGCUCAUCACCCACAUGGGUGAGAUGGACCACCCCUGGAACUGUCCCCAUGGAAGGCCAACCAUGAGGCACAUUGCAAAUCUGGAUGUCAUUUCUCAGAAGUGAUACUGCUUGUAGGACAGAGUUUAUUUCAGAUGAUUUGGUUUUGGAAAGACGGGGUUUUAAUUGACCUGUUAUCAUUGUUCAGAAAUUGACGUGCUAUUGUAAUGUAUCAGACCCCACUUAAAGACAGUGUUAAGCCAGGCAUAGUGGCAUGCUUGUGCCGCCAGCCCAGCUACUUGGGAGACCCAGGUGGGAGGCUCACGUGAGGCCAGGAGUUUGAGACCACCCUGAGCUACAUUAAUGAGACUCCAUUCCAGAAAGGAAAAAAAAAAAUUUUAAGCCCUUUCACCAUGUCUGCAGUUAUUGUUCUGCAAUUUGAAUGUGCAUGUGGUGUGCAUAUGUGUGUGGUGUGUGUGUGUAUGUGUUUGGGGAUGGGUGUGCAAAGAUAUGGCUUAGAAAAACAAGGAGAGCCCUUUGGAAGUUAGCAGUCUUCCCUCUGGCUGGGGGGUAUUGUAAUCUGCAUCUUUCAGCCCUCAGUGACAGUUAAUUCUUGUUUGUUUACUUUCUUGUUCUCUCCCACCCCAAGCCCCUGUGUUUGGAGACAGUUUCAUGUAACUCAGGCUUGUCUUGAACAUAUUCUGUAGCCAAGGCUGGCCUAGAACUGAUCUUGCCUCUACCUCCCAAGUGCUAAGAUUACAAGUGUGUAUCACACAAUCAAAUUAACAGUUAUGGUCUUUUGAAAUCAGUAGCUCUCAAUCCUGACUCAUAUUAAAUUUAAAAAACAAAGGGAUUCUUUACUUGGUUAGAAGGAAACUACUGAAUAGGAGUUGGGAUCACUUUUGGGGACAGGAAUGGGAAGGAAUGAGACAGGGUCUUUUUAUGUAGCCCUGGCUGACCUGGAAUUUGCUAUAUAGAGCAGGCUGACCUUGAACUCACAGAGAUUCUCCUGCCUCUGCCUCUGCCUCUGCCUCUUGAGUUCUGGGUGGGAUUAAAGACAUGCACCACCACACCUGGCUGGGGUCAUUAUUUUUUAAAUGUUCCUCAGUGCAACUAGAGUGGGAAGCAGGGGCUGGGGCAGGGAGUGGAAGAAGAAAAUUUGAGUUUUCUAUAGCUCAGGGCUAUAAUUUGGUUUUCUUGGGGUAUAAACUAUGGGUUUUUGUUUCUGUUCCCAUGGAACCUUGUCCAUUUGAGCUGUGCCAAAAAUGGCAAUAAAAAUGCCUCCUGUAGAGUCUGGGUGGUAGUUAGGGUCCAGUGAUGACAGGUGUAGACAGUUCCCCUUGCAGCUUCCUCUGUGCUGUGGGCCUUCAGGAAAAGAUCUGCCAUGGUUCAGGUGUAAUGAGGGUCAGAAGCAUAUAGCUCUUUACAUUCAUUAUGUCAAAAUUUGUGUUACUGCUCGGCAUGGUGGCACAGGCCUGUAAAUUCCAGCACAGCAGAGACAGGCUGAUGAUCUCUGUAAGUUUAAGGCCAACCCUGUGCUGAUACAUAAUUCCAUGCCAGUCAGGGUUAUGUCUCAAACCACAAACUGUUGCUGCAGGUCUGCAGGGUCUCAAUAUGCACAGGAACAGUGCAAAUUGGGAGUCGUAGGAGGUAUAGUAAUGGCCCCUCAAAACCUGUGACUCACCUCAUACAUGACGAGGGGGACUUCAGGUGGGAUUAGAGAUCCUAGUGAUGAGGAGGUUGUCCUAUGCAGUUUGAUGGGCUCUGUCUGUCACAUAAGUUCUUAAAAGUGGAACACAAGUAUCCAGACUCCAUGGAAACCUCCAACCUAGGCCUGCAACUUAGAGCUGUUAGGAUCGUGUGGCUUCAAACCAUUGUUUGGUUUAAGGCAGUGCUAGAAAACAAAAGCCUGCAUUAUUCUGUUUUAUCGUGAGAAAACCUGUUGAGAGGGACCACACACUUUGCAGUUAGAUCUGGGGAAAUCCAGGCCAAGUACAUCCAACUCAAGUGCCCAGUUCCUCUCUUGAGAAUAAACAUGGUAAAACUGGAUGCUCUACAGCUUUGUGUUGGCAUCGCGGCCCCUUUAAGAGCACCGGAGGAGGGGCUUGUGGCAGUUGCUUGGAAACCACCUAGCUCUCAAGACGCGAGGUCCUCCUUUGGAUCUGCAAGCCUGGCCAGAGCAAGUAGGUGAGCACCCCAGGGUAGUCCUGUGUGCGUAGCAACAACUUAAAACCUGGGCCAGUUCCUUCCUUAGCCUCCCAAGACUUGAGCCAGUGCUUGAUUGAUAAGGGGAAUCCUGCAGCUGGCGGGAGUGGUGCUGGGACCCAUGCCCAGAGAAAAGGCGGGUUUGCAGUUUACUUGUGCAAUAAUUUGGCGACUUGUAAGAAUGGGGUCAAGACAUCACUAUAAGAAACAAGUUUUAUCUGUAGUUUGAAUUUCACUCGUAGAGGACCAGAAAAGGAGUAAAUGCCUGUUCAAGUUGAGAGUGGAGAGCAGUUGGUAUACAUCAGGCCCUUGGACGAGUGGAGACGGGGAAAGGCUGGGUGUUGGAGAAAGAGAAGCUCUGAGGUGGGACUGAGCAUGCCUAGCAGAGGCAGGCAUGAGUGCCAGUCUAUCUACCCUCAGGGUGCACGAGCCUGCACCAGACUUCUUUGUACCCAGGGAUUUCUUUAUGUCUUGCUUGCCUAAUGUAGUAGGACACAAUGACUGAGAUCAGUAUCACAGUGGCAUGAAAACCCUGGCUUUGGAACUUUUCUCUCAGUUCUGCAGCUCAUCCUUUUUCUUCUGACCCCCGUGGUGAUGAGAGCCACUCAGUAGUGAACCUUUACAACAGAGUUGCUUGCACAUUUUCCACUCCCCUUUUUGCCCAGGAAAUUUUUGCAUGACCCAGGCUUUAGUGUAUAAAAUAGGUGUGCACAACAAAUAUUUACUGAUAGUAAAUAAUAAUUAAAUUUACUUUAAAACAUUUUAGGAUAUAUUUAUAUAAUUACCAUUUAUUAAAUAAAGCAAAUUUGUAUACUAA